GAAAUUUAAAUAUCUAAUUUUAAUAAUUGGACCAUUGAAUUUUAAAAAAUUUCCAUGUUUUUAAAACUAAAAAAAUGUUUAAGUGAAUUUCUUUUUUUUUAAGAAAACAAGAAUUUUAAUGUAGAUGUAGAAAAAAGAUUGUAUGUAUGAGAUUUUUAAAGCUGGUCUCUUUUGUAUAUCCAUUUAAAUAGGUACUUACCUACCUACCUACCUACAUAGGGACCUUUCAUACUCAUUAAAAUUAAGUACUUUGAAUCAUGUUUGAAACACGAGAAAACACAAUAAUAAUUUGAAGAAAAAAACGAGAAGAAGACAUUUUUUUUUAGAAAAAGUUAAUGCAAAAAGAUACAAAAAGAUUUGUGCUAGUGUUAUGACAUUAUUAAGGCCAAUAUAGAGAUGAAAUAUUUUCCUUUUAUAAUAUACAAGUAUUAAAAUUUAAAAUUUACAAACUGUUUGUGCACCACCACGUCAAUUAUUAUUGUUAUUGUUGUUAUAAAAAAUGAGCUUAAUAAGAAAAAGAGGAAGAAACCUCUUAAAUAUUUGAUAAAAUAAAAUGUACCACCAACCACUUAAUCCUAUAAUUCAUAUAUGUUUGUAUGUAUAUAUAUAUGUAUAUUAAUGAGAUGACUUUUUUUUGUAAAAUGCGAAUGGCGGAAGAAGAAUAACAUUAUUUUUUUUAAAGUGUUUUGUGUUUAUUUUUUUUUUGUUUUUUUAUAACAACAUUAAUUAAUGUUUUCCUUUUUACACUAUAUGCAUAUUAUAAAUAAUAAUAACAAAUUAUUGUAGGCUGCUCUUUAAUAAUUGAAAAUCUAAAAUAACUGAAUCUCAUAAUAAACGAAUAAAAUUUCAAUAAUAAAACAAAAUCUACUAUGUACUACCUAUACUAAUUAUUCAAAUAUUUUUGUGAAGAAAAUGUUAAACAUAUUUGAAUAACAAUAAUAAUAAUUUACGAGGAGAUGGAAGUGGUCAUUUUGAAAAAAUCAAAUAUUUAUAUACAAAAUAACACCAUAUAAUAUUAUAAAAGUAUUAUGGAAACCUGUGUAAUAACUGUGUGACGGAAAGUUGUUGAAUUUCUACAAUCGAAUAUUUAAAAAAAAAUAAUAAAAAGAAAAUUAGCAACAUACAUACAUAGCAUAAGAAAUGUCGAAACAAAUGUUUAAAAUAAAAAGAAAACUAUUAUUUUGGACAAAUUGGAUAACUCAAGUAACAUUGCCGAUUUACUAUACAUCGUUAUCUAAUAAUAGAUAGCCUCCUCAUUCGAAUACUAUAUUAUAAUAAUUAUAAAAAUUUAAAAUUAAUAGAAUAGAACAAAGUGGAAAUCUCUAUGAAUGUAAAAAGAAAAUUUUAAAUUAAGUUAAAAAUAAAAAUUUGAAUAUUUAUACAAAAUUUCGCAAUAUAUAAAAAAUUUGUGAAAUUAAUUUAUUUUUUAUUUAAAAAUUUUUUUUAAGUUUAUUUAUUUUUUUUCUAUAUAUAUAUUUUUUAAAUAAAAUUAGAGUAAAAAAGAAUAUAUUUUAUUUUUGUAUACAUAUAUAAUAAACAUCAAAACAUUAUUAUUGUCAAAAUCACACCAUAUUUAUUAUAUUAAAAAAAAGUUAAUCAAAAAAAAAAAUACAUAAAUAAGAAAAUAUGGCCCUUCAACCAAAUCGAAUUCUACGUUUUAUUAUGGUAAUUAGUGUUGUUGUAUUAACAAUAUUUAUAUAUGCAUCGUAUUAUUCAAAUCCAACAAUGACAAUUCCAACGAGAAUUCAUUCAACAGCAGCCUUAAUUUCAACUGUUAAUAGCAAUAUUCAUAAUAGUAAUAAUAACCUUUAUAAUAAUAACAAUAAUAACAAUAUUUUAAUAAAUAAGAAUAGUAUUAAUAGCAAUAGGAUCAGUGCUAAUAACAUAAAUAUUAAGUUAGAUGAUAAAAAUGAUGGCGAUAAUAAUGGUAUUGGUGAUACCAUUAUUGGUGAUGUGAAAAUAGGUGAUAACAACAGAAUUGGUAGCGCUAUUGCUGGUCAAAAUACUGUUAAAACGAAUAUUUUGAAUAAUAAUAAUACUAAUAAUAAUAACAAUAUUAAUGAUAAAAGUAAUAAUAAUAAGGGUAAUAUUAGUUAUAACAAUAAUAUCGAUAGCAAUAGUUAUAAUUUUAAAAAUAAUAAAUUAAAUAUGAUAAAUGAUAAUAAUAUAAAUAAUAAUGAAAUCAAUAAUAGUAAUAAUAACAAUAAUAAUCGAGAUUCAUUUGGCAAUCGUCAAUCAUCAAAUUGGAAUGCUGACACUGUCAAAUUUAAUUCUGUUAAUUCCACAAAAUUUUUAAAUGAAGGACCAGUAUCAAAUAUACAAAAUUUUAUAAAAAAUGCGGAUAAAAUACUUAAAAAUUUGACUGUGGCACCUAUAGUUAAUUUAAAUUCAACAUCACAACAACAAAAGCCACAAAUUAAAUUAAACCAACAACAGCAACAGCAAUCAAGUCAGUUAGGAAAAUCAUCACAAUUAAGUAAUCAUAUUUCAGAAAAUUUAAUGCCACAAUCACCAUCAUCAACGGCAAUUAGAAUUGUAUCACAACAACAAAUGAAAUCAUUACCAUUAAUAAAUAAUAGUAAUAUAACAUUAGGUAAUUUAACAUCACAACAACAAUUUGAUUUAUCAAAUGGUAUUCCAACUGGUCAAUUAUAUGAAAGUGGCCAUUUAGAUGUUAAUCCAAAUUUAUGUCCAAAUGAAGGUGAUCAAAUAAGACUGUUAAUUGUUAUAACAUCAGCACCAUCACAUCGUGAGGCACGUUUAUCAAUUAGACAAACAUGGGGUCAUUAUGGUACACGACGUGAUAUUGCAAUUGCAUUUAUAUUAGGACGUACGUUAAAUCCAAUUAUUGAAGAAUCAUUAAAUAAUGAAAAUUAUUUAUAUGGUGAUUUAAUACGUGGCCGUUUUAUAGAUAGUUAUAAUAAUUUAACAUUAAAAACAAUAUCAAUAUUAGAAUGGGUUGAUAAACAAUGUUCAUUUGUUAAUUAUGUACUUAAAACUGAUGAUGAUAUGUUUAUAAAUGUACCAAAAUUAUUAUCAUUUAUUGAUAAACAAAAUCAAAAUAACAAUAAUAGUAAUAAAAAAAAUAUAAUAUACGGACGUUUAGCUAAAAAAUGGAAGCCAAUACGUAAUAAAAAAUCAAAAUACUAUGUUGCACCUGGACAAUUUUCACAACAAGUAUUCCCACAAUUUACAACGGGACCAGCUUAUUUAAUGAGUUCAGAUAUAAUACAUGAUUUAUUUAUUAAAUCAUUAGAGCAAACAUAUUUAAAAUUAGAAGAUGUAUUUACAACUGGUAUUGUGGCACAAUUAUUAAAUAUUAAAAGAGUUCAUGUUAAUGAAUUUUUAAAUCGUCGUAUUGCUUUUAAUCCAUGUAAUAUACGUAAAGCAAUUAGUGUACACAUGAUUAAAUCAAAUGAACAAUUUGAUUUAUGGAAAAAAUUGUUAGAUACAAGCACGAAAUGUAAAUAAUAAUCAAUUUAUAUUAUUAAAUAAGCAAAAAUAAUAUUUAAAUUAAGAAAUAAGAUAAAAAAAUUAAAUUUGAUAAAAUUAAAUUUGAAAAUUUUAAUUACAUAGUUAUUAAAAUUAAUUUAUAAAAGUAAGAUGCAAUGAUAAAUGCAAAAAAAAAAACACAAAAAUAUACAAAUGUAUUAUUAUAUAAUUUUAUUUUUAUUAUCAUAAAUUUAUAAAAAACAAUUGAAAUGCAUGUAUAUAAUUUAUUAAAGCAAAUAUGAUUUUAAAUAACUAUUUAAUUUAUAAAAACAUCCUUAUAACAGAACAUUUAACACUACCAUUUUGAUUGUGAUUUAUGCUUUUCGCAUAAUGUAAUGUAAUUUAAAUAAUAAUUUCGCAUUCUUUUAACAAUUAUGAUUUGGUUUUUACAUUAAGUAUAAUUUUUUGUUUUAUUAUUUUGUAUCAAUGAAUUUCUUUCAAAACUUAAAAUUUAAUAAAACUUAUUAGGCUUUUCAUAAACACCAAUACGUACAUAUUUCGUGAUAUAAAGCGAAAGCUGCGCUAUAUUUGUGUUCGUAAACAAAAUUAUGCUAACCUUGAACAUGCAUGACUAAUUUUUUCGCAAUAUAGCGAAAUUAGUAUAUUGCAUUGCAAUAGUGCAGUUAAAUCAUGUACGAAUGCUUUUGUAGUAUUGCGUUUCGCUGAGUUAUUGUUCUGUAGUAUUGUGUUUAUUAAAAGGUUUAACAUCUUUUAUUUUUUAUUAUAGCUUUAUAAAUACUAAUAUGUAUUUUUACGUAUACAUCACAAGUCCCUAACAAGAACAAAUAUUUUAAAGUCAUACAAAAAAAAGCCAAUCGUUAUCGCAUCUUUUUAUUUAACAAAAAAAAAUAAUUUUGAGACUUAAAAAUUUAAUUUUAACAAUUGAGAGUUGUAGUAGAAUUUUUAAGAAAAAAUUGUUUUUUAUGUUUAUGUAUUAUAAAUGCAUAAAUCAACGAAACUAAAUUUCGGUCAAUUUUUGACAUCGAAUCCCGGUUCUUAAUCAUCUCAAAUUCAAAUUUUCUAGUUUAUAAUUUAAAUAAAAUAUUAGUUUUUCGUGUAUGCCAUACAAUAAUAAAAAUUUUUCCAAUUCCACACUCUGUUAAAAGACUGAUUCUCAAUAUUUUAAUGAUACAAAAGCACAUAGUAAAUAUUUUAUAUUGUUCAACUAUGCUUUUUCAAAUUAAUUAAAUACUUAUGUAUGUUUCUUUCGGUUGAAUAUGUGAAAUUUUUUACUUACAAAAUUUCCUCAAAAUUUUGUUGCGGUUCGUUUAUAUGAAAUGGAAAACUUUAAUUCUUUUAUAAACAUUUAAUGCCCGAAUUCUAAUAAAAAAUAAAUUUUUGCAGACAUAUUCAAUUUUCCUUUUAGGCCGACGAUAUAUCAGGAGGUUAUGUUGGCUACUAACCAAUUAUAGAUGUAAAAAAAAUUGAAUUAAAUUUGAAAACAAUUUAGUAUAAUUUUUGAAUUAAUACAAAAAGAUUGAAAUUUUUGAUGUAAAAAAUCUUUUUAUUCUAGUAUUCAUUAGUAUUAAGAUUACUUUUAAGAAAAAAAAUAGGCUGUAUAUAACAUACUAACUGAAACAGAAGAAAUUUUUAUGUUAAAAAGUGUCAUGAAUCCACCAUUUUGCUACUCUGUGUAAUUUAGACUUUUUUUUUAUUUGAAAUAUUAAAAGGAUAUUAUCCGUAUUCUAUUAAAGAAACUUGUUUCGGUUUAGAUUAAUUAUAAUUAAUUAAGAAAUUCAUAUAUGUACAUACAUAUAUAUUUAAUCACCUUCUGUUAGUCGAAUCACAUGCAAAUAUCGCGUAAAGUUGAUGCUACCAUGUCUAAGUCUUAUUCAAGUAGACGUAGACCUAUUAUAUUUGAAGUAAUACUUAACUUUGAAGUGAUGGCGUAUAUCAAAAUCAUCACGUGAGCUAUUUUAAAUAUUUUAUCUAUUUUCAUCACUUGAACAUUUGCACGUAACAUCGCUAUCUCGUUGAGAUCUUCUAAUUUAAAUUUAAUUUAAAUUUUUAGUAGUUAUAAAAAUUAUUAAAUUAUCUUUAUACUAAAAAUUUAGCUCUAUUUCAAUUUUUAUAUUUAUAUUUGGAAUUUUUGUAAUUAAAAUUGUAAAAAUAAAAAAGAAUAUGAAGCAGAUGGAUGACGUAAUCAAAGGAACGAGUUAAAGGCAGAAAAAUUAAUUAAAAAAUUUUUCUCCUCGAACUGGAGUCGAACCAGUGACCUACCGCGCAUCUAGGCGAACGCUCUACCAACUGGGCUACAGAGGCAUGAAGAAAUUGCCGACGAAAUGUUCUCUAUAUUGCUUUAUAUUGUAAUCCACAUGAUUACUAAGUAUUUGUUAACAUUGACUGCUACAUACAUAAAUUUUUUAAUUAAUUUUUCUGCCUUUAACUCGUUCCUUUGAUUACGUCAUCCAUCUGUUCUGCAGUUGCAUGAAGAAAUUUCCAUUAAGUUAAAUUAUUAGUGUAAUAAGCACAUUACUUAUUAAUUUCACAACUAUGAUGUUGUAUAAGUAAAUUCAUAAUAUAAUAUGAAGCAAUUUAAUCUUCUUAUAAAAUUAAUGGAAGAUGAAAUUUCGAGCUUGCCAAGGGAUUUUCGGGAUAUUCAAACAAGUAUUAUAGCAAGUAUUGCUUUUAAGUUUCUUAAGUAAAAUAUGUCGCAUUUAGUUUUACACUUCAAUUGAUCCUAUUGUACAAUUUUCAAAGAUAAGAAACAAAUUCUAAUUAAAUUGGCUGAUUUUGUAGCAUUUUUCGAAAGACGUAUGUUUCUUUUUAGACUUGAUGUGAUGGAAUCCCCUCCUUUUAUUUUUAACAUUCAUUUUAAUUUUGCAAGAAUUGAAACAUACAAAAUAUGGUAGAAAAAUUAAGAAAAGAAGAACGUAAAAUUAUGAUCAAAAUUCUAAUUUAUCGGGCUGGAUGUUUGUAAUCAAAUUACUUAUUGGUUUUGUGAUAACCUUGGCUGGCAUAUCACUAAACCGAUUUUUAAUUUUUGGAUUAAAUUAAAUUUUUUAAUAUCUAAGUCACAAAUUAUUAAUGUAUACAAUUUUAUUUCUAAAUCGAAUAAAAAAUACGAAAUAUUUUUAAAAUGUUUUAAAUAAAUAAAAAAAUAUAGAAAAUUUUAAUAAAAGACAAAAAAAAAACAAAUUUGAAUAAAAAUGAACUAAAAAAUUUGAAAUUAAAUAUUGUCAAAAAAAGUAUAAACUAUAAGAAAAUUAGAUUUUAAGUGUUGAAUAAUUUAUUUUUAAGCUAUAUGUAUGUAUCUUUAGAUAAAAUUACUGUAUAUACUUUCCUAUCAAAAUUAUACUUAUAUACAUAUGGAGAUGGGCUCAGUAAACAGUCCAGUUACAUAUACACCAUCGUUUAGGAGAUCUAAAAUAGUCAAAAUUUUUGUUGUGGAACUAGGUGGUUAAAUAUAUCAAUGUUUAACCCACUUUUGCCACCCUUGAACAAUGGUAUAUAUAUGUUAAAGCACUGUUUUCUGAAUAUAUAUAUACAAAACUUUAUUAUUUA